UGCAGUGAAACCCACGGAAACAGACGGAAGAUAGCUUACACCGCCGCUGUAUCAAAACAAGCCUUUUCUUUACAAAAUAACGAUAUCAAGAGCAGAAUUUUCUUCUUGUAUCUGUGCUCUCAUUAUUUGCUGUUCAUUUCCGAGGGUGAAUUCCGUCGCGCAGGCAGCAAAAUGGGAAAUGAAGCGAGUUAUGCCAUGGAAAUGUGCUCACACUUUGAUGCUGAUGAGAUUAAACGGCUGGGAAAGAGGUUUAAGAAACUCGACCUAGAUAACUCCGGCUCCCUCAGUGUGGAAGAGUUCAUGUCCCUGCCGGAGUUACAGCAGAAUCCACUGGUGCAGAGAGUCAUUGAUAUAUUUGACACAGACGGCAACGGCGAGGUGGAUUUCAAAGAGUUUAUAGAGGGUGUCUCACAGUUCAGCGUGAAGGGUGAUAAGGAACAGAAGCUCCGCUUCGCAUUUAGGAUCUAUGACAUGGACAAGGAUGGCUACAUUUCCAACGGGGAGCUGUUCCAGGUGUUGAAGAUGAUGGUGGGCAACAACCUGAAAGACACACAGCUGCAGCAGAUUGUGGAUAAGACCAUCAUCAAUGCAGACAAGGACGGAGAUGGAAAAAUAUCUUUCGAGGAGUUCUGUGCUGUUGUUGGAGGUCUUGAUAUACACAAGAAGAUGGUUGUGGACGUGUGAGCGAAUCCCAUCUCCACAACAUCCACUUUCCUCUCCAUCUGAUGAUCUGCUCAAAAUAUCCAGCACAUGCUCUCUGUGUAUUUCAAAGGAAGUAUUUACCAAGCCAAUUUUUUCAAUAGAAGCCUUGUGAUGCCGACGUGUAAAUGUUAUUGAACUCAAAUCUGCUCAAUAACCCAGUGUAGCACCGCAUGGGCUUAUGGACAAUGAUAGAGCAUCUCAGUGAAAGAGGAAAGAGUUUUGGCUUGUUCAUAUUUCAUUUUUUUUUUCAAUGCUUCUUUUUUAUAUUUAUUUUGUUUUCAUCUUUUUUAAAGAAAAAAUAGGCGUAAUAUAAAGUGUAAGUAAGGUAUGACGUGCCAAGCAGAACACGCAGUUAGAAAAAAAGUCUACCACCAUUAAAUUCAAGUGAACUCAUUUGAUUGCAUGAAAAGAUGCAAGGUUAAUUUUAACGUAUUCCGUUACACUUUGUGAUAUACACUAUUUCUAUCAUUCUAGCAUUUUGGAUUCUAGCAUCUAACCAUCUUUAAUACUUGUUUUUGUAUUAAUUGUGAUAUAACGUUUAUGUAUAAAUGUGUUUAUUGUUGGAGAGUGCAACAGAUUCAUUCAGACAGUCUGGUAGAAACUGGUACCAAGAAAAAUAUAACUGGUUUAAUUUAUAAGCACUUCAUAAGAAACAUACAAUUCUGACAAGCCCAAGAACAGCACAUACAGGGGCCCCAAAAGGUAUUUGGAUACUUAAGUCACACUUAAAGAUGUAUGAAUGUCAUUGCAUUAGAAACUAAACAUCGAAGCAAGUGGCAUCUGCAACCAAAUUAUGAAGUGUUUUUAACACCGGACACGAGCGACACGUUGUGACAAAAGCAAAUCGUUCACACUGGAAGCGUCAUCUGCCACAGAUCAACUCCAGCUACUUUAUUAUCCCUUCCAUCUAAAAAUACAAUUAUUUUACUUGCCAAAUAUCAUACAUGACUCGUUUUGCUAUUAAUUUCAUUCGUUACUUAUUUAAUAAACGUCUUACAGCCAGCUUGUGAUGUUUCAGGUUUUUUUUUGGGUUCAAACCAUAUUUGUGCUGUGUUUGCAGCAAAAACAUAGUAAUAAUAAUUCUAUAAUAAGUAAAUGUUCAGUCCAGUGGAUUUCUGAAGAAAAUAAAAGUAUGAUACAGAUUCUUCUUCCUUCAGAACGUUUACGUGUCAAAAAAGCGCUUCCGGGGUAGGCAUGGGAUUAGAACCAACUCCUUUUCUGGACAAUUUUUGCAAUGUCCUUAAACCAGUUGGUCACAUGAUCCUUUUAAGUGAAUGUAUUAACUCAGUUCCUCUGAAGUCCACACAGGUGUUCAGCAGCGUGACCAAAUAGCUAGCUUAUCACAUCUAUGGACAUGUUCUGCUAACAUUUGACAACAAAAAGUGUCCAGAAACAUGUUGCCUUCAUUUCAAUCAUCUACCAAAAAGUGUGCUAGUGCUAUCUUUCCUUAAAAAUGACACUUGCUUUGAUGUGGCUUAAAGUGUCCAAUUCAUUUUUGGGGCCCACUAUAUAUUUAUAUGUUAAUGCAGUGGGAGACCAUUUAGCUUUGGUAAAUGUACGUAUUACAGUUGGUUCACAAUGCAGUUGAUUAAUAUAUAUUAAUAUUAGCUUUAAAGUAUCUAAAAGCUUGUAAAAAUUGGUGUAACAAGUACAAUAAUUUCAAUGGGACUACAGCUUAUUACAACUAUAAAAUUAAUUUACUGAAUGUUUACAUGGAUGACAGGAGCAGCUUAACCAAACCAAUGGCUAUGAGCGUUAAUUCAGUUUCUGUCUUUUUACACUGAUAUCUGCAUAUCAAUGCAUCUUUAACCACAAGAUCACUUAUGGUGUGCAUGCUUGAUGGAUUAGUUGCUUUCUGCAUGUUUAUCAGUUCAACCUAUUCCAAUUGUUUACACUUAAGCUGUGAAAUUUAUAUCCAAUAUCAAAAAAAUGUCAAAUACAUUACACACGUUGCCAAAUUUAAAUCAGGCAAACACGAUUUAAAUACAUCGAUUUAUUUUAUUUUUUUCAUUUUCUCACAAGUGGCACAUGUCAUAGUCAAGCCACAUAACAAAUUCAGGUCACAUCAUUUAGCCCUUUGUUUUGUAAAUACAUAUCUUUAAAAUUAAGGUGUUCGUGCUUUAAUAAGAAAAAUUACUUUAUCUGCAACUUUUGUCUUCUUUUAGUGAAUGAAAUGGGAUCUCAUAUGAGGACACAUUAUUACAUGUCAGUUUUGAAAUUCUGCAUGCUGAAUCAUAUUAACUACCGUGGGAUAUAUGGACUACUUGAUACUUUAAGGAAACAAUAAACAUUUUAAACUUGACAUUG